CUUGCGGCGGUUCCACCGCGAACCCAACGAAACCGUACCCAGUUAGUACCCAGACGUGGUCGACUCGUUUGCAGCGGGUUCAGCUGCUGUGGGUGGCAGGUGUCACAAUUAUAAAACCGCGAAACGUGGUUCGCGCACCUCCAGUCGAUCAGGAUUUGCCUCUACGAUCGCGUGGUGAACACCGUGGACACCAUCCCCGUCGAGGCUAGCCUGGUGCGCUUUCAUUAAUCGAUCGGGAUUUGCCUCUACGGACAUCUUCUUCGUUGAGGUUAGCCUGGUGCGCGCGUAUCAGUCGAUCGGGAUUUGCCUCUACGUCGACCUGGUGGACGACUUCCCCGUCGAGGCUUACCUGGUGGACACCUUCGUCAUAGAGGUUAGCCCGGUGCGGCGCGGUUUUGCCUCCUUUUCUCUGUACAGUGCCUGGAUGUAAGGAUGCCUCCCCAGGAGACUGUUGGAGCUUGCUCGUCAGCCAAGGAAGGCGAUGAAAAAUGUUAUAACAAUAGCGGCUUCGUCAGCGACGGUCACGACAAAAACCAAAAUGAACUCCCCCAGAAACAAACCAAUCCCGAACCUCCUCCUCCUCCAGCCAUGGAGGAACCCUUCGAGUUCGACGAUCUCUUGCCUCACAUCGGCGAGUUCGGCAUCUACCAGAAGAUCCUCUUUCUCUUGAUGAUACCCUUCUCGUUCUUCGUCGCGUGGGUGUACUUCACGCAGAUCUUCAUCUCCAUAGUGCCGGAGAAGCACUGGUGCUGGGUGCCGGAGCUGGAGAAUCUCACGGCAGAAGAAAGGAUAAGUCUAGCGAUUCCUUUCGGCCCAGACGGUCGAGACAGGUGCCAUAUGUACGAUGGCGAUUUCUUACAAGCGUUGGACAAAGGUCUCAGCACUCCAGAUCCGUCCUGGCCCAUUGUGCCUUGCAAAUACGGCUGGGAAUACAACAGGACCGAAGUCCCCUAUGACUCUAUCUCCACUGAGCUGGACUGGGUGUGCGACAACAGCGCCCUCCCGUCGACCGCCCAAUCAAUCUUUUUCUGCGGUGCCAUUUUGGGCGGGCUGGUGUUCGGCUGGUUGGCGGACAGAUUCGGCAGGAUACCAGCUUUGGUGGGGACGAACGUUGCCGGAUUUAUCGGAGGAAUCGCCACCACAUUUUGCACAUCGUUUUGGUCGUACUGCUUGUGCAGGUUCGUCGUCGGCAUGGCGUUUGACAACUGCUUCACCAUGAUGUACAUCCUGGUUUUGGAAUACGUGGGUCCAAAAUGGCGGACGUUCGUGGCGAAUAUGUCCAUAGCGAUAUUCUUCACGUUCGCAGCGUCGAUCCUGCCCUGGAUAGCUUAUUACGUCGCCGAUUGGAGGAUACUGUGUUACGUCACAUCGGCACCAUUGGCAUUGGCUGUUUUCACACCUUGGUUGGUACCUGAAUCCGCAAGAUGGCUUGUGUCUCAAGGGGAAACAGACAAGGCCAUAAGCAUUUUGAGAAAAUUCGAAAGGAUAAACAAAUCCAAAGUUAGCGAAAGCACAUACCAAAGGUUUAGGGAUUCUUGUAUGAGAGCGAAGAAACUGGAAGAAGAAGACAAAACCUACUCGGUACUGGAUCUCUUCAGAACGCCCAGAUUGAGAAAAAUCACACUCAUCAUGGUCGUAUUGUGGAUGGUGAUCUCGUUAGUGUUUGACGGUCAUGUGAGAAACGUUGAAACUUUGGGUCUCGAUGUGUUUCUGACGUUCACGAUAGCCAGCGUGACAGAGUUCCCGGCCGACACGUUUUUAACGAUGGUCCUCGAUGUAUGGGGAAGAAGAUGGUUGGCAGCUGGGUCUCUAAUUGUCAGCGGUAUAUUCAGCUUACUUGCUACUACAGUUCCUAUAGGAUUACCUUCCGCCACGUUGGCCAUAAUGGGCCGAUUUGCCAUAAAUAUCUCUUACAACAUUGGCCUCCAGUACGCCGCAGAACUGCUUCCGACAGUGGUUCGAGCACAAGGAGUCGCCUUGAUCCACAUCAUGGGAUAUGUGGCUAGCAUAAUCGCACCCUUUGUAGUCUAUCUGGCUAAAGUAUCUGUGUCUUUGCCACUAUUCAUCCUUGGAAUCCUCGGAAUCCUAGGGGGACUUUUGGCACUAUUUUUACCGGAAACUUUGGACCAAGAACUGCCACAAACGUUACACGACGGCGAGAUGUUCGGAAAAGGCCAGAGAAUUUGGGACUUCCCGUGCACAAAGAAACAAGAAGAUGACGACGAAACUGAAAAGAAGCCCAAAAGGAAUCAACGAUUCAGCAGGUCGGGUUCGAUCAGAGCAUCGGUCAGAGGCGAGGUCCUGAGGUCAAGCAUGAUCAACAGGUCGUCGAUACGAUCCAGGAAAUCGGUCUGCGUACCAGAAAACCAAGUGUGCUGACAAGCUGAGAGUCAGAAGGCUUCUUUUUAGAAUAAGUCGAGGCUAUGGUAAACGAUGUCCAACUGUAAUCGUUGUAAUUGUAAAAGGAUCGAUGCUGAUCUUUAUCCAUCUUGACCUAUUCGCGAAAAGGAAGCUGAACAACUCGAAAAAGUAUUUGUGCUGUGAUUUUUAGGACGUAUUAUCGUAAUUUUAUUAUUCGACUUUUUUUAGUUUACUUUUGUAUCUAUUGUGUACAGGAUGUUUCAGAUUCUAGUGGAAACAUUUCAGCCUUGAGACUUGAAUCCUAUGACUAUAGUUGAUCGAAAUUAUACAGGGUGUCCCAGAAUAUACGAGUCAAAUCUUGGAUUCAUUUUUUGCCAGAUUUAUUUUUUGUUAUUUAUACAGGUGGGAAAAAAUAAGGAUCCAAAUGACACUGGUAAGUUUAUAGCGAUUAUAUAAAAUAUCUCAGUAAAAAAUGGUCGUCUCUAGGUUCUAAGAAAAACAUUUUGAAGUGGAAAACGGUUUUUUCUAGUUUUUUGUAAAAUUUCACAAUUUUUACCAUUUUCAUAAGAUAAAUGAAAUGAGGAAGAGGAUCGAAAAAAUGUUUUCAAUUCUGAAGCUUUUAGUAGCAAUAAACACGAUCCUUUAAUUUUUCGAAAUUUUGAUAGUUCACAAUAAAAAAACGUCAACAUUAGUCCUUUAGUCAGAAUUUGAAUUUCAGCCGUUGGUUUUCAAAAAGCCAUAAAUAAUUGUCCCGUUUUUACCUGUUUCUUUUUCCAGCCUAUUUAAAGAACGAAAAAUUUUGAUUUCGUGAAUGAUCAUUGAUCUUUUUAGAGAAUCCAAUCCAGCUGAAGAUCAAGGCCAAAAAGGUCGAUAUCUCAAACAAAAAAAGGACAUAUCGAAGUUUCUAUUUUUUUUUUAAUGGAAAACGAUUUUUCUAAAUACGUAGACCUACAUAAAAAAAUUAAAAAAUGCGAUUUUUUGCAACUUGAAAAUAUUUUUGAUCAAAAGAUGCAAAAACUAAAGAUUUGACCAUUUUUUCACCAUUUCAAUUACUAAAAAUUUACGAUUUUUAUUUGAUCCCUUAAUCAAUUUUGAAGCAUUUAGGAACAAUAAGCGCGAUCCUUUGGUUUUUUCGAAAUUUUUAAGGUUCACAAUAAAAAAUGUUUGGAUAAAUCAAAGUGGAAAACAAUGUUAUUUUUAGUUUUUUCCAAUAUUUCACAAGAUCGAAAAAAAUGUUUUCAAUUUUGAAGCUUUUAGUAGCAAUAAACACGAUCCUUUAAUUUUUCGAAAUUUUGAUAGUUCACAAUAUAAAAAACAUCAACAUUAGUCCUUUAGUCAGAAUUUUAAUUUCAGCCCUUGGUUUUCAAAAAGCCAUAAAUAAUUGUCCCGUUUUUACCUGUUUCUUUUUCCAGCCUGUUUAAAGAACGAAAAAUUUUGAUUUCGUAAAUGAUCAUUGAUCUUUUUAGAUAAUCCAUUCCAGCUGAAGACCAAGGCCAAAAGGCUCGUUUUUCAUAAAAAAACUCAAGCCAAAAAAAGGACAUAUCGAAGUUUUUAAUUUUUUUUAAUGGAAAACGAUUUUUCUAAAUACGUGGACCUACAUAAAAAAAUGUAAUUUUUUGCAACUUGAAAACAUUUUUGAUCAAAAGAUGCAAAAACUAAAGAUUUGAACCUUUUUUUCACCAUUUCAAUUACUAAAAAUUUACGAUUUUUAUUUGAUCCCUUAAUCAAAGUAUGUAACCAGCAUUUCUUUUGGAUACCCUGUACACGUAACAAUGAACUUUGGCGAAAUGGUCAAACCACAAAAAAAUAGUGAAGACAUGGAAUUUUCUUCUUUUUUAAAAAGAUAUGGUCCCGUAAAAAGUAUUAACGUAUAAACUAGUAACAUGGUGUCUAACCAAUGUGUGUGAUGUGUGAAGAGUUGCCAUAGCGUGGCUAUAUACGAGGACGGUCCGAUAAGUACUCGACCUACAAAAGAAAAACGAACAUUUUUUAAAAGUGGCCAUUUAAUUCUCAACACAGUCACCUUUUAGCUCAAUACUAAUAACUCCUUCCGUCUGAAAAAUACGUUUUCUGGAGGUGAACGCUAUCGGAACGUCCUCGUAAUUAUGAAAUUUUUGUAGCGAUGUUUUAACUUUAUGUGUACUAUUUGUGCUUUUAGGAAAUACGUAGGGAAGCUAUUUUUAUAUGAGUGUUUUUAAAACGAAGUUUGAGAGGAACGCACAAUUUCGUAAAAAGAAAAUUGUAUAUAUGAGAGAUGAUGAAGU